AUUUUUCUCCCACGCUCUGCCUCCCUCCCUGAGCUGGCAUCUCCACUCCUCGCCCUCUCCUCACUCCACCCCACCACCACUAGCCCCGCCGAAUUCCGAGGUCAAAUCCCCUCGCCUCCUCCUCCGUCCCCGAGAUCGCAUUUCUUGAAUUCCUGAUCGCGGAGAGCCCGUCUGGGGACCCGGGAAUUCCUCCCUCAGAUCCGCGGUUUCCUCGGAGGCGUCGCUGAAUUGCGGGUUCUUUGCGCAGGUUUCCCGCGUGCGGCGGCGGGCGGGGCGGGGCGGGGGCGUGGGUUGGGUUGGAUUGGAUCGAGGGGGAGGCAGAGAGAGCGGGCGCCGGUUGACCAGCGCGGCCGCCGGAGAUGGGCAAGGGCGGCGGUUGCGUCCCCAGCAAGAAGCGCCAGCCGCCGGGCGCCGCGCCCUCGUCGUCGUCCGCCGCGGCCGCGGCGCCGCGCGAGGCGCCAGAGGAGGCGGUGCCCGCAGCAGCCGCCGCCGCGGCGCCGGCGCCGGAGGCGGGAGCCGGGCGGAAGGUGCGGCUGUACAUCGUGUUCUACUCGAUGUACGGGCACGUGGAGUCCCUGGCGCGGCGCGCGGCGGCGGGCGCCGGCGCGGUGGACGGCGUGGAGGCCGUGCUGCGGCGGGUCCCCGAGACGCUCCCGCCGGAGGUGCUGGAGAAGAUGCAGGCGCCGGCCAAGGACCCCGCGGUCCCCGUCAUCGCGUCGGCAGCGGACCUGCAGGAGGCCGACGGCGUGCUGUUCGGCUUCCCGACGAGGUACGGCGCCAUGGCUGCGCAGAUGAAGGCAUUCUUCGACUCCACCGGCUCGCUCUGGCAGGAGCAGAAGCUCGCCGGGAAGCCCGCCGGAUUCUUCGUCAGCACCGGAACGCAGGGCGGCGGCCAGGAGACCACGGCUUGGACGGCCAUCACUCAGCUAGUGCACCAUGGAAUGCUUUUCGUCCCCAUUGGCUACACAUUUGGUGCAAGCAUGUUCAAGAUGGACGAUAUUAGAGGCGGCAGCCCAUACGGUGCCGGCGUCUUUGCUGGUGACGGCAGCAGACAACCCAGUGAGACGGAGCUCGCCCUCGCCGAGCACCAGGGCAAGUACAUGGCCUCAAUAGUGAAGAAGCUCGCUCACCAUGCCUGAGGCAGCCACCCCUGUGCAGUAAAAAGCCACACGGUCACCUUCGUCCAGCCCUUGGCUACCCCUAUUGUUUUCGGAUACAUCCGGCUCGUCGUAUAAUAUGUGCACAGCUUUCUCUCAGAUCAUCAAUUGUUUGUUAAAGUAGCCCCCCCCCCCCCCCCCCCCCCUAAAUUAAGGUUCAUUUGUACAUUGUCGACAUAAGCAUAUUGUUGUCCAUUUGAACAAUAAGUGUCCCACAGAGUGUUUAUGAAUAAACAUCUUAUGUCAUAUUGAUUAUGAAAAAAUUGGUGUUCGAUUUGUCGCG